GUUGGAAGAGCAGGGACAGUGAGUGCAGCAGCAGUCUCACAUCUAUAUCCUUUCUGCUCUCAGCGCUGCCUCCUCCGCCUCACUGCAACCGGAAGGAGGGGCCGGACAUGUGUCUGCUGCUAGCAGGGGAGCAGGACUGAAGGUGUCGGUGAACAGUGUGCACCCGGGAGAGCGGAGCGCUGAGCACCAGGUGUCCGCCGCCAGCACUGGAGAAUAUUGGCAACCAAUGGAGGGACUGACAAGAGUGGAUCAGCAGAUGAUGAACGGCUUGCUAGGAAGAUUAGCCUCGCAGCUGCAUUCAGAAUGGAUUGUAGUGAUAGUGAUCAGCGUGUUGUAUAGAUUGCCUCUCAAACAGGCUCCUGGCUACAGAUCUGCCCUACAGAGGUUCCUCAGGGAAUUUUGGCGUGAACACAGACCAGCAUGACUGCCCCAAGUAAGCAAGAUCCAUGGUCCCAAGAGGACAUGCUUACACUCAUUGAAUCCAUGAAGACCUCACUACCCGCCAAGGACACUUCAAAGUACACAGUCACGGCGUCCCGCUUGGACUGGAACAAACUGGCAUUUAAGAACUACACUGGGUCAAUGUGUCAGGAAAAAUGGACUGAGAUUUCAAAUAAGACUAGGAAGUUUCGUACACUUACAGAGAUAAUUCUGGAUACAGAGGAAUAUGUAAAGAACUGGAGCCAAAAAAAGAAAGUGAAGAAAGGUCCACCAGUUUCCAAGAAGCCCUUGUCACCUUAUCUACGCUUUUUCGUAGAGCACAAAGCGCAGUAUGAGAAGAAACAUCCAGAAAUGAGCCACAUUGAUCUAUCCAGGACUUUGUCCCAAAAGUAUAAAGAGCUAUCUGAGGAAGAAAAGAUGAAAUACAUAGAAGAUUUCCAAAGAGAGAUGCAGGAGUAUGAGUGUAAUGUGGGGAAAAUCAGAGAAGAACCUGUCGCAGAAGAACUUGUCGCAGAAGAAUCUGGCAAAGAAGAUGAUGCUGCAACUGUAAAAAGGAAGAGGCACCGCUUUAGGAAAAGAAAAAAUUAUACGCCAGCAACGACCGUUAAGGGUUACAUCUAUAACAAAAUUACACUCUGUGAAGAAUCUCCAUAAAUCCUUUUUCGCUGAAAAAGUCCUAAAAAUGUGUAUUUUAAUUACAUUUUUGUCUCAUUUUGAGGAUAAUUGUUUAUAGCCACAUCUAAGUGUUUUGAUCCCUGUAAACUGAUCUAUUAUUUUUUUUAUAUUGAGAGAUUCAGUGUAAAAGUACAAACGGCAUUUGGUUAGUGCAAUAAAAACUAACCAAAAUGGAAA